AUGAACUUUCAGGCUAUCAAGAAAAGAACGCAUGAAGAAAUGACAGACGAUGAAGAAUGCGACAAAGACGAAAAUGAAGAAGAUGACGGCUACGAAGGGGAAAAUGACAACAAUAAGGAUGAUGUUAAUGAACUUCUCCUUAGGCAAGAAAGCAAUCUUGACCAUUUGAACCGUCUCUCUAUUUCUAUUUUAAAAAACUGGGUGGAUAACGAUGAAGUCCUUGGUCAAAUUUUACGCAUUUCGUUAUCAGGAAUUAUUGAUCUAGCUCACGAUUGGACGUCACAGUACUGCAAAAGUGUGUUCCCAGAUGCGCGCUGGUCUGAAUUCGAAAAGCUAUCGUAUCCCAUAUAUGAUUUAACACAAGAAAGUAACGAAAUAUAUACCAAUGUUAUGAGGAAAUUGAAGAGUGAAGAUCAAAAAUCAGACCAUGAAAGACAACCUGAACAUGAAGCUUUGAUAUACUUGAGUGAAAAAAAGCAUGAGUACAGAAAAAAGAAGUUAGAUUGUGAAGAAUUACAGAUUAUUGAAAUUUUAGACACUUUGUAA